AUGGCUCAAGAAAAUGCUGCAUGCAACAACGCAAGCAGUGCCCCUGACAACAACUCUGGGGGUGGCGCCAAAAAAGUGGAGGAGGUGAAGCCACAUGCUGUGCAAGAGCAAUUACCUGGAGUUCAAUAUUGCAUCAAGAGUCCUCCUCCAUGGCGAGAAGCACUGCUAUUGGGGUUUCAGCAUUACCUUCUGACUCUUGGCAUUACCGUUCUGAUUCCUACUAUACUUGUUCCUCAAAUGGGUGGAGGAAAUGCUGAGAAGGCUAGAGUGAUUCAGACACUUAUGUUUGUUUCUGGAAUAAGCACAUUUCUUCAAUCUUUAUUCGGAACUCGACUUCCAAUUGUAGUUGUUGGUUCAUACACUUACAUAAUACCUAUAAUGUCUAUUAUUCAAGCCAGCAGAUAUAAUUCAUACACAGAUCCCUAUGAGAGGUUUACUCAGAUAAUGAGAGGGAUUCAAGGUGCCUUGAUCAUAACUUCAUGUUUCCAGAUGACUUUGGGAUUUUUCGGUUUAUGGAGGAAUGCUGUUAGGUUUCUUAGUCCACUCUGUGUAGCCCCUUAUGUAACUUUCACUGGACUCGGUCUCUAUCGUCUUGGUUUCCCCAUGUUGGCAAAAUGUGUUGAAGUUGGGCUACCGGCACUAAUUAUCUUUAUUUUCAUCUCGCAGUAUCUUAAUCGUUAUAUUGGCACCAAGAAGCCUAUAUUUGACCGGUAUUCAGUGCUAUUCACUGUUUCAAGUGCAUGGUUAUUUGCACUGUUUCUAACUUCAUGCACUCUGUAUAACCACAAGCCAGAAAGUACACAGAAUAGUUGCCGCACUGAUCGUGCUGGACUUAUGAGUGCCGCUCCAUGGGUGUAUUUUCCUCGCUUCUUCCCAUGGGGGUCUCCUACUUUCAAUGCUGGGGAGGCUUUUGCUAUGAUGGCUGCUUCUUUUGUUUCUCUUUUUGAGUAUACUGGUACAUGUUAUGCCGUGGCAAGAUAUGGAAGUGCCACACCAGUGCCACCAUCUGUUAUCAGCCGUGGAGCUGGAUGGAUGGGAGUAAGUACUUUGCUCAAUGGCAUGUUUGGUUCUAUAACUGGAUGUACGGCAUCAGUGGAAAAUGCAGGUUUGUUGGCAUUGACAAAAGCAGGAAGCCGAAGAGUCGUCCAAAUAUCAUCUGGUUUUAUGAUUUUCUUCUCUAUAUUUGGCAAAUUUGGAGCAUUUUUUGCUUCAGUACCUAUGCCAAUUAUAGCAGCAUUAUAUUGUGUGUUAUUCGGCUAUGUGUCUUCUGCGGGUCUUGGUUUUCUCCAAUUCUGUAACCUCAACAAUUUCAGAACCAAAUUUGUGUUGGGCUUCUCAUUCUUCCUAGGCCUCUCCAUACCACAAUAUUUCACAGAAUAUUAUCAUGUGAAGCAACAUCAUGGAGUUCCUAGAUGGUUCAAUGAUGUUGUGACUGUGAUCUUCAUGUCCCACACAACAGUUGCUGCCUUGGUUGCUUUCGUUUUGGAUGUCACACUGUCCCGUGAAGAUGAUGCGGCACGUAAAGCCAUCGGUUUGCAGUGGUGGGAAAGGUUCAGCUUGUACAGCUCAUGUGUUAAGAAUGAUGAAUUCUAUUCUUUACCGUGCAAACUUGAUAAGUUUUUUCCACCCAUUUAA